GUUUCGCUGACGAUAGGAGGAAGCUCCUCUCUCCCAUGGCCUAUUCAACGAGCAAAACCGCCUCGUGUCCAGGCUACCAUGAGAGAAGGUCUCUUCAUCUCUAAAUCCAUCGACACCAACCUUCAUCGAUGGUAAUUACAUCUUUAGCAAGUCAAGAUGUCAAUUUGCAACCAAAAUUUUGAAGGCCAUGAUAAGAAUAGUAAAAAUAAGAAAGAGGAAUUAAAGACACCAACAAGGAGGGUCUCCCAUAUAUGGUGGAUUCUCCCCAACUUCUCUUCGGUAGGGGUGGAAAAUCCAGACCAAAAUCAAAACCUUGCUUUCUUGUCUUCAUGUAAUGGUAGGUGUGUGGUGAAGGUGAACAGAGCAGAAACAAGUCGAAGAAGAAGAGGGAGAGAGAUGACGGAAAGAGAGUGCAAAAUUUGCAAGAUCGGGGAAGCUUUUGUCAAUAUUCUAAAUUUUUUUGAAUUUUUUUGAAUUUUUUUUUUUCUAAAUUUUACAUAUCCUAUCCAGAUCUAUUCUACCCCUUAAUAAGUGUGAUUUUUUUAUCCGGGCUAUAAUCGGUCGUCUCCGGAUUUCAUGUUGCUCUAAAUGCCGAAUAUGAUCGAAAGUUUUAUCCAGCGUAAAAGUUUCGUAGAUCAAGGAAUCGAACGCAACACAUCUCGCCGGCAAUGAGAAAUUUGGGCUCGUCUCUAUCAUUGGGCUUUCUCAUUGGGCUAUCAAAACUCAUUUCUUGAUUUGGAAAAUCCGAGGUGACGAUCCCCGAAAUCAAAGGCGAGCUCGAAUCGUGGAAGAAGCGAAAACUUUCCCUGGAUUCAAAGUCGGAGACGAACCAUUUACAGAAGAUGCAGUAUGUUCUUCCGGGCCGUAAUUCCGUCUGCAAAGUGCGAUCCUAAUCGAUAGGCGAUGACCCUUCGCGACCCAUCAUCAUGAUCUUGAUCCUGUCUCUUGGGUAGAGCUAGCUUUGAUCCGAAGGAGAAAUGUCGAGGCUGUGGAAAUGGUACCAGAAUUGCUUGCGCGAUCAUCCCGUGAAGACCCAGAUCAUCAGCUCCGGCCUGAUCUGGGGGUUCGGCGACGUCGCUGCCCAGGCCAUCACUCACUCCACGGCCAAGAAGAGGCACCAUCAUCUUCAGGAUGAAGAAAAGGAAUUGAAGAUCAAUUGGAGGAGAGUGGCAACUACCAGCCUCUUUGGCUUUGGAUUCGUUGGACCAGUUGGCCAUUUCUGGUAUGAAGGCUUGGACCGGUUUAUAAGGUUGCGACUUCAAAUGCAACCUAACUCUUUGCGGUUUGUCUCUGCCAAAGUAGCAAUUGACGGGUUCCUCUUUGGGCCAUUGGAUCUACUCGUCUUCUUCUCAUACAUGGGUCUAUCUGCCGGAAAGAGUGUACCUCAAGUUAAAGAAGAUGUCAAGAGGGAUUUUCUUCCUGCCCUGAUUCUGGAGGGAGCCUUCUGGCCCAUUCUUCAAGUGGCUAAUUUCCGAUUUAUACCCGUUAGGUAUCAACUCCUCUAUGUCAAUUUCUUCUGCUUGUUAGAUAGCUGCUUCUUGUCAUGGAUGGAGCAACAAGAGGAUGCUCCGUGGAAAGAGUGGUUGAAGUCUUUGAUACCAUUAACUAAAGAGAAAGACAAAGAUGGAUAAUUGCCAUUCGAGACAUUUUUCCUGUUCCUUCUUUCAACAGAUACGUAGGUGUUAAGCAGAAAAAUCCGAAAUGCCAACUUGUAUAUUGAGAGUUGGAACUCGUGAUUGACGGGAAUGAAUCAUCGUGGAGUUGUGAGGAGAAGUUGGUAUAAUAUGUAUCGUUGUCAUUCCGUGAAACUUUCAAAAUUCUUUCAUUGGAGGGCACUUUGCUGAUUUACUCUGUUCUUCAUUUAUUUUAUCUCAUCGUGGUUGAUGGAAUCGAUUUUUCCAGGCUAAGAACAGUUGUGUUGUUCCACUUCCACGACAUGCUGAGAAUUAUCAGCUAAAAAAAGUGAAUUUCCUAGAAGA